AGCCUACAGUGGGGAAAAUGGUUGAAUCUGUUGAAAUACAGCAAAAAUUUCAAAUAUCACUACUUUUCUUCAAAAUGGCAGGCUGACAUGACAGAAUGCAUGGUUUUAUAUUCUAAUGGCAGUGAGAUUAAAAAAUUUGGUUUAAGUCACUGGGGCAUUUUUGGUCACAAACGUGGUUAGAGGGAGUAUCUGUUACUACAUAAAAAAUACUGAUGCAAUCGAAUCAAUCUUGUUGCUAAUCUUAACAUUUUUUUUUUAAAUAGAUAAUUGAACAUUCAGAUAAUUAAACUGGCAUUUAAAGGGUUAACCUGAAAAUUACUGAAUAUUUGACCCUUUUGAUCAGGAAACAAGUUGAUUGAGGGAUUCAAGCAAAAAAAAAAAGCAGAAAAAAAUAUUGAUGUAUGAGGAUUUCAUGGCAUAUUUUGUGCGUGUACAUUUUUGCCACAAAGGUGGUUAGAGGGAGUUUUUUUUGAGGAGGGCACAACUCCCCAACAUCUCAAGAAAAACUUACUUUUUUGCAGCCAGACAAUUUGCAUUCAACUAUUUUUCUCCUGCUCUUGUUUAAUUGCUGCUUUUUGUGCAUUAGUGUGACAUAAUGAAAAGGGCACCAGCUGCAUCCAGUGGAGUGCCAGUGUGCAGAAAGUCAUGAUACAUUUGGAGUGAAGCAAUUACAAACUCUGGUCUUGAUUUAAAAAUAAAAGAUAAGUUGUAUGUGUUUAUUUCUAUUGCAGUUCAUGUUUUGUCCACUGGAUAGGCACCCCAGCUUGACCUUUUUUACAGUUUGGGCAGUUUAAAGUUAAUCAGACAUUAUGAUCUGAAUCUCCGUUGACAGAAUCAGGAAGAGAGAAACCGGAGAGCCAUUCCAGCAUGGAGGGGAGGCGGGGUCUUCUCCUCAGCCUCAUCAUGGCUGCCUGUUUCUAUGGCAACGCCGCUCAGAUGACAGAAUGUGCCAGAGUCACAGUGGCUGACAUCGUCUUCCUGGUCGACGGCUCCUCCAGCAUCGGCAUCGAUAACUUUUCGAUGACCCGGGACUUUCUCAAAAGUGUCGUCACAGGCCUCGACAUUGGCCCUGACAAAGUUCGAAUCGGUUUGGCUCAGUACAGCGAUGAAACUCACCAGGAGUUCCUGCUGAAGGAUCACAUGGACAAGAGUUCCCUACUGCCCGCGUUGGAUGAAUUUCCCUACCGAACGGGGAACAGAUCUACGGGGAAGGCCAUGGAUUUCCUUGUGAAGCGAUACUUCACUGAAGAAGCGGGAAGCCGUGCCAGGAUGCGUGUGCCUCAGAUCGCUGUGGUCAUCACCAAUGGAGACUCUGGCGAUGAUGUUGUAGCACCUGCCAAGAGCCUGAGGCAACACGGAGUCCUAGUGUUUGGCAUCGGAGUGGGACAAGCCAACCUGAUGGAGCUCAAGGCCAUCGCCAACCAGCCAUCAGAGCGCUUCCUCUUCACCAUCGAUAGCUACCAGGCUCUGCAUAGGAUGACGGAGGGUCUGCUGCAAACUGUGUGCAUGUCUGUGGAGGAUCAGAGGCAAGCCAUAGAAGAGAAGUUUGCAGACAUUGUCUUCCUGGUGGACAGUGGUGUGAAAGUGCAAGAGUUCGUGCAGAUCAGGACCCUCCUCCUCCGACUCGUCUAUAAAAUGAAUUUUGGAGCGUCUGCCCACCGUCUGGGUUUGGCCCAGUAUGGUCGAGAUGUCCGGGUAGAAUUUCUCCUUAAAGCUCACCAAACCAAAGAGGACUACUUGAGAGCCAUCAGGGUUUUUCGCCAGCGCAGGCUGCAACUCAACGAAACUCGUUACCUGGGCAGAGCGCUGGAGUACGUCUAUGCCAAAUUUUUCACCAGUGAGGCAGGAAGUCGGGCAGACCAAGGUUACCAACAGCAUCUGGUUAUUGUGACUGGGAAAGAUUCAGAUGAUCCUGUGUAUAGGGCGUCACGUCUCAUUAAAUCAUCAGGAAUAAAUGUGGUGGGGAUGAGCACUGGUGCUUCAUUGUCGGAAUUGCCUAUCAUAGCUAAUCCAGCCUACAUAUACACAGGCAUCCCUACUGUUCCCACACUGAAGACUAUUUUUGAAGCAGAGAAAGUGGAGACAACAAUUACUGGAGAUUGCAAAGCAGCCAACGUGGCCGACAUUGUGUUCAUCGUUGACGAGUCGGGAAGCAUUGGAACAGCCAACUUCCAGAUGGUGCGUGCUUUCCUGCACUCGAUUGUGAGCGGCCUAGAGAUCAGCUGGGCCAAACUCCGAGUGGGCAUCGUGACGUACAGCGACAGGCCCUUGGCACAGGUCUACCUCGACAGCUUCAACGACAAGACUGAAUUGCUGACUUUCAUCGAUAUCCUGCCUUAUCAUGGAGGUGGUACGAAGACUGGAGCUGCCCUUAACUAUGCCAGGGAUAAUGUUUUCAUCAAGGCAAGAGGUAGCAGGAAAGAGCAGGGGGUCCAGCAGGUGGCGGUGGUGAUCACAGAUGGUGAAUCCCAGGAUGAUGUGAACACAGCAGCAGCUAAUCUCCAACGGGCUGGCGUUACCGUUUACGCUAUAGGAGUCAAAGAAGCCAGCAGGGACCAGCUUGACCAGAUGGCAUCCUAUCCCCACAAUAAGCACAUGUUUAUUGUGGACAAUUUUGAGAAGCUGAAAGGGUUGGCGCUGAGCCUGCAGAAGAGUCUGUGCCAUAACAUCAUUCAGCAGGCGAUCUCAGUCAGCAGAAGAUCUAGAAUCAAAGAAGGCUGCUUUCAAACCGAGGAAGCAGACAUCUUCUUCCUGAUUGACAACUCGGGAAGUAUAUACCCUGCUGACUUCCUGGACAUGAAAAAGUUCAUCAUUGAGUUUAUACAUACCUUCCAUCUUAGUCCAGAGCAUGUCCGCAUUGGGGUUGUAAAAUACGCAGAUUCACCACAAUUAGAAUUUGAUCUGGCACGAUAUUCAGAUACCAAGUCACUGGAGAAGGCCAUAGAGGAUAUAAAACAAAUAGGAGGAGGCACAGAGAUAGGAAGGGCACUGGAAUACAUGGGCCCACUCUUUGAUAGAGCAGUGGUCACUCCUGAUCACAAAGUCCCAGAGUACCUGGUGUUCAUCACUGAUGGGAAGUCCUCUGACCAGGUCAAGGUUCCCGCAGAAAAACUGAGGGCCCAAGGAAUCAUCGUCUAUGCCAUCGGUGUGAAGAGUGCAGAUCGAGACGAGCUGGAAGAGAUUUCAGGAAACCCCAAGAGGACUUUCUUUGUCAAUAAUUUUGACGCUCUGAGGUCCAUCAAGGAUGACAUCAUCACAGACAUCUGUUCUCAAGACGUUUGCAAAGAUAUACCAGGCGACCUCCUCUUCUUGGUUGACAGCUCUGGAAGUAUCAUGCCUGAAGACUACCAGACGAUGAAGGACUUCAUGAAAUCUGUGAUCAGCAGGUCCAUGAUUGGGCGGGAUGAGGUGCACGUUGGUGUCAUGCAGUUCAGCUCCAUCCAACAACUUGAGUUCCCGUUCAACCGCUACUACAGCAAAGAUGAAAUAUUGAGUGCCAUCGACGACAUGAGACAGAUCGGUGGAGGCACUACCACAGGUGCAGCCAUCACAGCGCUGUCGCAGUACUUUGAUCCAGACCAAGGAGGACGUCCUGACAUGAGGCAGAGGCUGGUUGUGAUAACAGACGGUGAAUCCCAAGACGAGGUCAAGGCUCCUGCUGCAGCUCUCAGGGCAAAGGGAGUGGUGGUCUUUGCCAUCGGAGUGAUGGAGGCCAACACCACCCAGCUGCUGGAGAUCAGUGGCUCACCAGAACGGAUGUAUGCUGAGAGGGACUUUGAUACUCUGAAGGACUUGGAGAGUCAUUUGGCCUUGGAGCUCUGUGAUCCAGAGAGAGAAUGUAAGAAGACACAAAAAGCUGACAUCAUCUUCCUGGUUGACAGCUCCACAAGUAUCACGCUGGAAAAGUUCAGAAGCAUGCAGAACUUUAUGAAGUCUGUGGUGAAUGAAACCAUAGUUGGCAAGGAACUGACCCGCUUUGGGGUCAUCCUCUACUCAACCAACCCCCAAUCUACUUUUACUCUGAAACAGUAUGACUCCAAACGACAAGUUCUCAAAGCAAUAGACGCACUGAAGUUGCCGUUCGGAGACACCUACACCGGCUGGGCUCUGGCCUGCACUUUAGACCACUUUAAUCAAGAUAAUGGAGGUCGGGCGGCUCUCCGGGUGCCACAGAUUCUCAUGGUGAUCACAAAUGGGGAUGUGACCGACCGCAACAGUCUGGUUGCACCAUCAGUGGCACUGUGGGACAACGGUAUCACCGUCUUCAGUAUUGGAGUGGAAGGAGCCAGCAAGACACAGCUGGAGGUCAUGGCUGGUGGCGACAAAUCCAAAGUGUUCUAUGUGGACAAUUUCAAGGCCCUGGAAAAUCUGUACAGGAAUGUAACUCAUGUCCUCUGCAAUUCCACAAAGCCAGAUCUGUGGGAUGGAGACAUUAGACUCAUUGAUGCUGGAAUUCCCAUUUUCACUGAAAAGGUAGGAGGAAACAUCACCCAUGCGUGUGCCUUCUUCUCUCUUUCUGGAAGCAGGAAGAUCUUCUGUAAGGAGGAAUGUGAAGAAAAAGACAUUCUCGUUGAAACAACUGGCGACAGAGCUCAGAGCGGCAGAUACGACAUUAGAUACGAAGGAGAAGUGUAUGAAUCAUCUUCAUUUCUGUAUGUGAGCAUCACAAACCUGACCAAGUCUGACUCGGGGCGCUACAGAUGUAGAGUGGGCAGAGAGUUGUCUCCAGGUUCAGACCAGCACUUUGAGAUCAGAGUUGAAGAUACUCCAACAACUUGCCAACCUUUUCCAGCAUCAACCUCCAGACCGAUGACUGCAGCCACAGUUGUGCAGCUGUCUGUUCGUCUGACUCUGUUCGUCAUCUUCAUGGUAUCAUCAGCAGCUGUGCUGAUAUUCUGCAGGAGGAGGGCCAGUAAAGCUGAAGAUCCUCCUGUGGAAGCAGAGUAUCUUAAUGUCACUGAGGCCAACCCAGUGCACGAGGAGCUCGGAGAGGACAGACGGAGCAGAUCUCCUCCUGAAGAAAUAUCUGCAGGUCACAAUUUAACCUGCAGCCAGUUUGCAGAAGACAGUGUGUAAAAACUGUGGUAGGUGGACUCGGAGCCACGAGUCCGUCAGAUUCUUCUUGAUAAUGUUUGAACCCAUAAGCGUUUGUGGUUUUGAGGAGGAAGUUAUGAAUGUUUAGUGAGAAAGAGGAAGGAAAAGCUGAUGCACAUAUUUUAUCGACUUGCUUUUAUCAGAAGUCACUGUUUUUUUUUUUUUUUAACUAAUAUGUCAUCAGUCAUUCUUUUUAAUCUGUUUACUGAUCUUUAAUCUAUUUCUGUUUUAAAUUCCUCUGAUGUAAUGUUGCCUUCUUCUUGAUUGAUUUUAUUCCAUAUUUUUAUUUCCAUGUUUUUUGUGAUGUUGUCAUGUUAAGUACUCAGGUUUUUAUAUUAUCUGUUCUGACUUCUUGUUUUUACUGUAGACACUGUAGACGAGGCUUCCAUGUGUUUGGCUUGACGCUUGAGCGGAUAGAUUUGCAGAUACAGCUCUAUGCAGAAUUGAUGAUUACGUGACAAAACAGGCCAGUUUUAUUUUGUUUUCAUCAAAUGAUUUUACAGUGUGACCUCUUUUUCCAGCAGGGGAGACAAAGAAAACAUAAAGGUGUAAAAAAGUAUUUUUAAAUAUCAGCCUAUUUACCCUGUGAAUUGUAUAGUGGAGACAAAAAUAUGUUGAUGUUGAAAAGUUAAUUCUCUUGUAAAAAUACAGAAUAAAUAAAAGUUUUUCCAACAGAAGGAAA